CUACACCCAUAUGGUUAACACUUUCUACGAUUUAGCCACUGAUUUCUAUGAAUUCGGUUGGGGUCAAUCAUUCCAUUUUGCCACUCGUCAUAAGUACGAAUCAUUCGAAGCCUCCAUUGCUCGUCACGAAAUGUACAUGGCUCAUCAACUUGGUCUCUUCCCAGGUAUGAAAGUUAUCGAUAUCGGUUGUGGUGUUGGUGGUCCAAUGAGAACCAUUGCCCGUUUCUCUGGUGCUAACGUUGUUGGUCUUAACAACAAUGAAUACCAAAUCCAACGUGGUAAACGUUUAAAUGAACAAGCUGGUCUCUCACACCUCUGCUCAUUCAUCAAAGCUGAUUUCAUGAACAUCCCAGUUGAAGACGGUACCUACGAUUGUGCUUACCAAAUCGAAGCCACCUGUCACGCCCCAGAUCUCGUCGGUAUCUACCGUGAAAUCUUCCGUGUCCUCAAACCAGGCGGUUUAUUCGGUGGUUACGAAUGGAUUAUGACCAACAAAUUCAACAAAAACGACCCAAUCGAAGUUAACAUCAAAAAACAAAUUGAAUUAGGUAAUGGUCUCCCAGAUCUUGUUCAACCAGCUGAAAUUCUUUCAGCCCUCAAAGAAGCUGGUUUCGAAAUCAUCACUGCUUUCGAUGUUGCUGAAACUUCAGAACUCCCAUGGUACCUUCCAUUAUCAUCAGGUAUCUCUGUCACUGGUUUCCUCCACACCGGUGUUGGUCGUUACUUAACUGGUAAACUCUGUCAAGUUAUGGAAAUGCUCAAACUCGCCCCAGCUGGUUCAUACAACACCAACGUUUGGUUACAAAACGCUGCUACUUUCUUAGUUCAAGGUGGUGAAAAACAAAUUUUCUCCCCAAUGUUCUUCAUCUUAGUCAGAAAACCAUCAGAAGACAAAUAAACUAAUUUAUUAUUUACGUGUCAUCAUUAAAC